AGGGCCCAUUCAUUUCCCUGGUCUAAGCGGAUUGGCUCCGGGUGACACACGUGGGGACGUGACGCCGGCAGACGGGACAGGCUCUCAGGCCCGAUGGAUCCCCCGCGCUCCCAGCUGGAGCCUGGUCCCUGCCCCGGUUCCCAGCCGGGGGGCGGAGGCCGGCGGCUCCCCCGGGGCUCCCCGGACCAGCCGCUGCCGGAGCCCCGCGGGCGGCAGGACGUGGAUCGGCCUGCCCUGGGCGAGGAGGGGAGCGGCCUGGCACAGGAGCUGGUGGUCGCUGCGGCUGGCUACCAGGCGCCGGUGGGGUUCGAGGAGGUGGCCGUGUAUUUCUCCCGGGAGGAGUGGGGCCUCCUGGACGAAGGGCAGAGGCAGCUCUACAGGGACGUCAUGCAGGAGAACUACCAGACUCUCAUCUCGCUGGGAUUCCCCGUCCCUGACCUGGCCGUGAUCUCCUGGAUGGAGCGAGGGGAAGAACCGAGGGUCCUGGAUCUCCAGGGCUCCCAGGAAAGGGAGAUCCCGAUAGGCGCCCACAUAGGUGCCGGGAUAGAGAAGGAGAAUUUCCAGCAGGAAGGGCCUGCGGGAGCGGAGCCGAAUGGGACGUCCCAGAGCCCUGAGAGGGGAGAUGGCAGCAGAACAGGACGACAGCGGGCAGAGAAGGAGCCAGGGCACAGGCGCAGGAGGGCAGGGCCCAUCAGCUGCGGGGAUUGUGGGAAAAGCUUCACAAAGAACUCGGAGUUAAUCAAACACCAGCGCACGCACACGGGUGAGAGGCCCUACCAGUGCCCUGAUUGCGGGAGGUGCUUCGCCAUCCGCUCCAGCUUGGAUCGCCACCAGCGGGUCCACACCGGCGAGCGGCCCUUCCCCUGCACCCGCUGCGGGAAAAGCUUCAAGCUUAGCUCGGCCCUGAGCCGGCACCGGCGCGUCCAUGCUCAGGAGGGGCCCUGUUUCUGCGCUGAAUGCGGCAGGGGCUUCAGGCACAGUGCUGCACUGACCCAGCACCAGACUGAGCACCUGAACCAUGGAGACCCCACCAAUGGACCUGUGGGGACACGGGUCUACAAGGACCCCUUUGUCCAGGCACAGGACCUCGAGGGGGAGGCUGGUGGGAUGUGGUAUACUGAGCCUGUGAAAGAGGAGAGUGGGUGAUGGGAUCUGCACUUGGGUUGUUGGUCUGGGGAGUGAGAAGAGAGCAGCUAUAACGAAUACAGGGACUGAACCUGUGAUCUCUUGAUCCAAAAUCUGGAGCUGGGCUGUGAGGCAGUGUGGUCUAGUGCAGUGGUUCUCAACCAGGGGUAAACGUAUCCUUGGGGGUACGCAGAUGUCAUCCAGGGGAUACAUCAGCUCAUCUAGUUAUUUGCCUAGUUUUACAGCAGGCUACAUAAAAAGCACUAGCGAAGUCAGUAAAACUAAAAUUUCAUACAGAAUGAGAAAGUGAGCAGUUUUUUAGUACUAGUGUGCUGUGACAUAUUUGUAUUUUUAUGUCUGAUUUUGUAAGCAAUUCGUUUUUAAGUGGAGGUGAAACUUGGCAGUACGCAAGACAAGCCAGAAAGGGGUCCAGUAGUCUGGGAAGGUUGAGAAGCACUGGUCUAGUGGACAGAGCACUACAUUAGGACUUUUGGGUUCUCUUCCUGGCUCAGCCUCUGGCUUGCUGGGUGGUCUUAGGCAAGUCACGGCCACCUCUAUGCCUCAGUUUCCCCAUCUGCAAAAUGGGGACAAUGAUACUGUAAAGUUCUUUGAGAUCUUCUAAUGGAAAUCACUAGAUAAGAGCCAGGCAUAAUUAUAAUGGCUGAAAAAAAUUCAUUUAAACUUUAUUUUGAUGAAAUAUUGGAUUUUUGAUUAAAUGAAGUUUUUCCAUGAAAAGUGUUCGCAUUCCAUGGAAAAUGUUGAAUUUUUUUGUUAAAGAAACAGAUGCCCGAAAAUAGAAAAAUUUAAGUCGGAAACUGAAAUGUUUCAAUUUGUGUAUGUGCCCUAAUGCUUCCCGAGAGUUGUGGUUUGGUUGUACUCUAUGGACUACAUCUCCCAUGAUGCACUACCUCCCAUCUCCUGGGGGAGACCAGAGUACAUCAUGGGAGAUGUAGUCCAACCAGGUAGGCCACUGCCAGCCUAUGGAAGAGAAUGGGAGCAUGAGGCACCAAAACUACAACUCCCAUGAAGCAUUUCCAAAUUUACACUUUCUGUUUUGUCUGAAAUUUUCCAAUUUUUGCUGGAAAAAACAAAAUUUUCCUUGAAAAAUUUAGGCAAGUGAUUUUUCCUCCUUUUCUCAUCAAAAACUUUGGGGGAGGGGGGAAAGGGGAGAGGAGAAACCCCCCAGAAACAUUUUCCAUGGAGCUCCACCCUCAGUCCCCUUUGGCUUAAGUUAAUUGACCAGACCCGUUAGUUGGGAGGCAGUAGCGUAACCCACUGGUGAUGUGUCAUAGCUCCCCGUCUGUCCCUGACCCACAAAGGAUAUGAGUCUGUUAUAGCCCUGGUUAAAGAGGGUUUGGUCUUUGCUGUAACAGCUUAUACUCUUAUAUUUUGAAGUCACUGGUGCAAUCCUGGAUGGUCUGACUGCCAUUAGCAGCUGUGUUAUGUGAAUAAGCCACAAAGCAGUUGAUGGAGGAAAAAGUGAGGCUGAUUGUUUUGCUUCACAACAAACACCUCCAGGAAUUAGUGCAGCCCUCAAGGUGCAAACUGCUCCAGAAUGGGGUUAAGUUCCCCUGCUCUGCCCCUUGCUCAGCAGGAAUCAUUAACCGUCUCACACACUGAUUCCUGGCUCUGCCACCAACUUGCUACGUGACCUUCAGCCAGUCAUUUUGCCAUUGUCUCCCCUCCUAUUCCUUGUCUUAUUUAAAUGGUGAGCUUCUGGGGGCAGGGACUGUCUCUCACUGUGUCUAUGCAGCACCUGGCACUAUGGGGGUCCUGAUCUCAGUCAGGCCUAUGCAGUGCCUGGCAUGAUGGGGACCUGAUCUCAGUUGGGGUCUGUGCAGUGCCUGGCACAAUAGGGCUGUGAUCUCAACCAGGUUUGUGCAGUGCCUGACACGAUGGGGGCCUGAUAUCAGUGGGGGACUGUGCAGCGCCUGGCACAUUGGGGGACUCAAUCUCCGUUGGGGUCUGUGCAGCACCUAAUACCACUGGGGCCAUGAUCUCGGAUGGGGUCUGUGCAGCCCGGGCACACUGGGGGCCCUGAUCUCAGUGAUGACCCUUUGCAUUAGUAAUAUAAAUAAUAAAUUACAAAUCCAUCCUGGUCCCUAAUCUUAGGGCGUUCAUGAUUCACAUCCCCAGCUUGGCUUUGCAUUGUCUGUACCUAGAGGGGAAGCUUGCCCUCGCUCCUCCCUCUUCCCCUCCAGAGCCUCCUGCAUGCUGUGAAACAGCUGAUUGUGGUGGGCAGGAGGCACGGUGAGGGAGUGGGAGGCGCUGAUCGGUGGGACUGCUGGCGGGCAAGAGGCGGGGACCUGAUGGUAGGGCUGCUGACAUAUUACUCUGGCUCUUUGGCAAUGUACAUUGGUAAAUUCUGGCUCCUCAGGCUCAGGUUGGCCACCCCUGAUCUGGGUCAGUUGGAGCUUGGCUCAGGAUUUGAUGGAUCUGGAGAGGAGUGGUUACUGACUCUCUGGCUUGAGAGAUGUGAAUUUCCUACCUUGUUACAGAGACAAAAAGGGUGGAAUAUGUUAAGUCUGGAAGGCACUGGAGAGAUCAGGACUCCUGGGUUCUAUCCCCAGCUCUCGCAAGGGAGCAUAGUCUCGUUGGUUAGAGCAGGAGGACAGCGAGUCAGGACUUAUAGGCAUUCUGGCUGUGACAUGCUGUGUUAAACUUUAAAAGUCACUUCUACCAGUACCUCACUUUCCUCAUCUGUAAACCGAGGGUGAUAAGACCUCCCUUCCUCCAUGCAGAAGUUUGAGAGCUAUGGCUGAAAUGUUCUAUAUCUGUGUAAAAUAAAUGCUCUGUAUGUAAGUUUUACGUGGUCCUAGGUUUAAAACACCAUGGCUCUUCAGUGUGUGUCUAACACACGUGUUGGUGAUGAAUGCAAUAGAACUAUUAACGUUAUAUAAAUUAAAUCUACUCCCCCUGUUUGUCAGAUCUAGCUUACUGUUAUCUGUAGAGGACUAGAGGUGGUUAGAAAUAUGUUGAUAAAAUGUUUCCAUCAAAAAUGCCGAUUUGCCAAAACGAAAACUAUUUGUGGGAAAUUCUUGACAAAUUUCUUGACUGGAAAAAACCCCAACCCAACAGGUUUCAAAUUGUUCAAAUGACUUAUUUUGACGUUUUUUAAAUUAAAAUUUUAAUUUUUCCAUUUCAACGCAGCUUUUCGUUUGGAAAUGUAAGCUAAUUAUAGGGGGGAAAUGACAAAAAAAGGUCAAAAUUAAAGUGAAAUAUCAUGAAAUUAUAAUAAUGAAAUCUGAA